AUGGCCAUGAUCCGUCUCCCCCCAACCCGAAUCGUCCCAAGCCGCGACGAUAUCCAUGAUCACAUCGAGCAGAUCUUCGAUCGCCUGUACGAACGGCUCCGCGCGCUCGAACCAGAAUUCUAUGACGAUGAUUUCGGUGACGACCUAGCAUCCCUUAUCGACGCAGAUGUCCCCUCGUCGUUCCGGUCGAGUUCAGCUGCUGACGAGGACUAUGACUCGGAAGCGAGUUCUGUAUUCAAUGCAGACUAUGAAUACAAGCGUUAUCCAUCUUCACAACUCGAGGACUAUUGGAUAAAUGAUGGGCUUUCUCUGUCGGAUUCUAGGGUCAUCGAGCAUCCUCAUCCUCAACAGUAUCCUGAACGCGAGAUCUCUGACACGACAUACGAGGGCUCGUAUGAAUAUGGUUCGUAUGAAACGGCGAUGGAGCCGGUCAUUGGUAUGCAGGAGGAUGGUCUGGGCUCGGGUUCGCCAUCUAGUCGCAUGGACUAUGGAGAGUCGAGCAGGGCUCCUUAUUCACUGGAGGAGAACCAACCACUUCAGCCUUCAGAUACAGAAAAGACCUCGAAACUCAAUCGUGGUUUAGACUCGAUGCUCGUCUCUUUUAACAAAGAGAAGAAUCGAUCAGUACAAUUCGCCCAUCCAAUCCAUCAGACUUCUCCCAAUUCUCGAGACAACAAGAUGCCUGGGUCGAUUCAGGAUGAACGAAAUAUACCCCAGCCUGACGCCCAUAUGAGGGAUGCCCCCGAACCUGAUGCCACUGAGAGCGAAAAUAACAACACCUCUCAUGUCUCAAGCAUGGUCUCUCAGAACAGAGGCAAGAAAGCCCGCGUAUCUGCAGGCUCCCGCAUAUCUGCAGCUUCAAGCGACACCAAGUUUAAAAAACGCACCAGCCAGUUACCAUUUGAGGGCAAAACUUCGAGCUCUAGCAACAAGCGAGGCGCACAUGCCACCGGAGCCGCCAGCAAUCAAACGGAAAGGACAGUGUCUCAGUGGACAGAGCUACCUCGACCAGCUACCAGACGUACCAGUUGGCACCCCAUCAGCGCGCCACAGGAGCAGAAAGGAAGGCGACAGCCCACAAACAGGGGCCAAGUUAACUCAAUAGGUCAAAGCAUGAGUCGCACGACAAACACCGCCCAAACCCACACGUCCAGCUCACGUCCUGCUAGUAUCCAAGGCUCAGCGCUAUUAGCCUCGAACAAUGUUCAACGUCCGGAUAGGAGCACCCACACUACUCCAUCUACUCAGCCCUCUACCGCACAGCCCACCACAAUCGCAUCUGCGCCUGCAGGAAUAAAUAUGCCGCCCCAAACGGCCCUCAACCCCGAAAAGUGGGAGCAUAUGAUGGAGGUGUCUCGGGUGUACCGGGAACAUGUCAGCCAUAUGCUAAUGGAGAUGGAGAAGGACGAGGAUAAUGCGAAUGUAUUUGGAUUGGGUGAGUUGCGUCGGAGGCCAUUGGGUGAUCUAUUUAAUUGA